CUUAUCCAAUGCCCUCACCGUCCGUAGCCAUUUUGGCUCAUGUCGUCCCCUGCCCUUCGCCCGCGCCGGUCCGCAUGUCUGGGUGCGCAGGUGCUUGGCCGCCACCGGCAGGCGGAGUGGCCCGUGCGAUAUCUUCGUCGGGAGGAGGCCUCUCGGCUAGAGGCCUCUGCGGUUCGGCGUGAGGCGAGGCGGCGCGGGCGCGUUGCCCUGGAGCGGGGCCUUUGGCGUGCGCUAGGCCGCCCCGACGGGCACUGGUGCGGCGCCGCACUCGGGGCGCUCGGCGACGAGGUGGCAAGGAGAGAGCGCCUCUCUCGGCCUACCUUGGCCGGGGGUCAUCGGAGCGCGGGCGAGGCCUGGGCAGGUGCUGGUGCGCAACUGCGCCCAACACGCCGCCAGCCUGCCCGAGGACGGGGUGCCCCUGUCCGCACGGCGUCUUGCUGAGCGAGGGCCGUGCCUCGGGGAGCAGUUCGGGGAGCCGACCACGCUUCCCGAGACCCUGAUGGGUCUGGACGCGUUGAACCUCGAGGCAGACCUGCUCGCGCAGGCGGCGUUGCAGGCACUUGACAAGGACGGCGACGGCUGCGUGUUCGGCGGCGGCAGCUUCGUGGAGGCGCCCGCGGCAGGCGAAGGUCGUGCCGUAUCUUCGGCAGCUGAUGCCAGGUCGGCCGCGCUUGCGGGAUGUGCAGGCGAUGGGCCAUGCGAUCGGUGCAACGAGUGCCUGGCCCCAGGAGCUUGUCUGGUGGACCAGCAUGCCGAAGUGGAGGCCUUCGUGAAGGGCCUGGCUUCGGGCUGGCGGCCGGCGGAGCAGCGCGCGCGGCAGCAGGCCCAGGACGUCCGGGACGAGCUGAAGGAGCUGCUCGUGGGCUCCCUCGCCAACAUCCGCGGCACCCUGCAGUUCUCGGAGCAGGUGCGGGGGGGUUCUCGCUCCUGCAGUUCGGUCCAGGAGCUGCGGGGCCUCAUGUCUGUCUGGCGCUCGCACGACACAGCCGCCACCCAGCACGUGGCGAAGCUCAUGGACACCGUCAAGGCCUGGGGCGGCCUCCUUCGCUCUGGGCGGGACGGCGCGUUGGCCUCGGACGGCUUCGCGACGGCCGCGAGGACCGAAGCGGGUCGGCAGUCCGAGAGCGAGCCCGCGAGCGAUAGCGCAGGCGAGGCCGAGGCCGUGGCCGAGGCAGGUCCGUUGCAGCGGCGCCGAAGCCAGCGCGAGCAGGACGUAGAAGACCUGACGGAGGCCUUCUGCGCGGAGACAAGCGGGCUCGAGCGGUCGCAUUCCGCGCGCGACCCGCGAAGCGGCUGCUGGAGCGCCUCGGCGCGCGCGGCGACCGCGCGGGCACGGGCUGUGGACCCCAAGCUUACGGCUUGCGGGCCCGCGAGGGGCGCGUGGUUUGCCGCUGCUCGCGGGGGGUCCCUGCCCGUUGGCCCCGCGCAAGCAUUGUCUUCAGGGG